GAGCCCGGCCUCGGCCUCCCGUUUCCCGAGGCUGUUGCCCAAGCCAGGCACGACUCCCGAGGCGGCGGCCCAGCGGCGACAGAACUGGCCUGGCCGUCUCCCCCGCGGCGACCAUGAAGGCGGAGGCGGGAGACCAAAUGAUAAACCUGUCGGUCCAGCAGGUGCUGAGCCUAUGGGCUCACGGCACAUCGCUCCGGCAUCUCACGGAAAUGUGGUACUGGGUUUUCCUAUGGGCUCUCUUCUCUUCUCUCUUUGUCCACGGUGCUGCAGGAGUUUUAAUGUUUGUCAUGCUGCAAAGGCAUAGGCAAGGGAGAGUAAUCUCUGUCAUUGUGGUCAGCAUUGGAUUUCUGGGUUCUGUAACUGGAGCUAUGAUAACCAGUGCAGCAGUAGCUGGAAUUUACAGAGUGGCUGGGAAAAGUAUGGCUCCCAUGGAAGCACUGGUAUUUGGAGUUGGGCAGACUGUACUGACAAUAAUUAUUUCAUUUUCAAGGAUUCUUGCAACACUUUGAAUCUUCUUGCUACAUUUUGAAUUUUCUACAAAAGUGUUGUGUAUAAAAGGAAACAGUCUGCAGUGAAGCUUUCCAGAAGUGGCUUCAGUAGCUGAUAGAUUGGAAUUACCAGGGAAAUGCAUGGUAUGUGGACUGCAAAACUAGAGGUCCUAUCCAUUUGGAAAAUACUUCCCUCUAGAGUCCAAAAAUGACACCCUACUGCACUGUACCUAAUGUGCCUCUGUCAUUGGCAAGGUGUAAUCCAUUAAGGAGAAGCUUGAGAUAAAUCACCUUGUGAAGCUGCUAAUCAGGCAAACAGUUGGUGUUGUGAUCAUUGUUUGUGACAGUAUUGAAGAAAAUACAGGGGCAUUUCUGAAGAAUGAAUAAAUGUGCCAAACGUGAAACUGAUUUUUUAAAAAAAAAUAUAUUGAUAAUGUGACCAUUUAAAUGUGUAGUAACUGAGUGCUACAGACACAGUUAAAAAAUUCAGGUAUAACAGCUAGGUAUUUGCUUAUUAAUAUUAAUUGAAUCCCAUUCAGUUCAGUACAUUAGCAAGGCUAUGGGGAGAAGACAAUUGUGAACUGAUUUUAUAUGUGAGCAGAUUCAGUAGAUGAAACAAAGCUCUAAUAAGGAUAUGAAUGCUACUUAUUCAAAAUGAGAGCAUUUUAUGAAUGAGUUUAUUAAGAUGCAUUGUAUUAACUAAAGGCAGUUUCAGUAACUUUAUUUCUAUACUUUCAUAUCUUAUAAUUUAUGGUAAACCCACUAGUCAUAUUACAGAUUUUAAAAAGUUGUAUGAGUCAGAUGAUACAGCUUACAAAAUGAAAUGUCCUUAAUGAAAUGAUCCAUAAUUUUCUAAAUCAAAUUGUUUUGAAUCAGAAAGCCAGUUGUAAUGAUCUCUAAAAUUAAGCACUCAGUAAUAUCAUUUUAAGACCAGUGGGAACCAUCAGUCUUGAAAAACACAUGCUUACCACAUAAAUUAUACUGUGAUAGACACAAAGAAAAGAAGACAAAGAAAAAGCAAUUUUUUUGUAUGCAAUUCAGAACAAAAUUAUUCUGGUAAGCUAUUAUAAUUUUAAAAACAGGGCAGUUUAAUUUCUUAUUUCAAUUUCCCAAUUUUUAGAUGGCUUGGAAGCAAUUAUAUAUGACUUUCAUCUGCUUAGCUUUCAGUAGAUACAUUCUGUUUGUGUGCUUGAACAAAAGUAAUAGUGGUGUGGCUGUAGUUGUCUUUACUGUAAAAUGUUAUGAAAUGAAUACCAAUAACAGAAAGUAUCUUAAUGGACCAGUGUGAGUAUUAAGAAGAAGUGACUAAAUUGCACCUUUGCCCUGACACAUAUAGGUCUCUUGUGCAGUCAAGCCCCACACUGCAUGUGCUGGCAUUUGAAAGAAAAGCAAGGUUCUGUACUUUUGGAAGAGAGUACAAGUAGCAGUGGCUGAAAAAUACAUUUGAAUGUUUUACCAGAGAACCUUAGGUACUUUUAUUGCCCAUCGGUUCAUCCACUUCCACAGCACUUCAUUCACUCUAGCUGCAGAUGCUCCUCCCUUAAUAAAGUGGAAUUUCUGGCUAGGAAUCAGAACAAACAGUCCUGA